CAAACGGCAGUGACGACGGCGACGGCUGCUUCGAUGAUGCAGUAAACUAAAAACAGCAGAAGAGGAAGCAUUAGAACAAACCCCGAGAGAGAGGCGAGCGUGAGCGCGUGAAAAGUGUCAAAAGAAAAGCGUCGACGAGACAUCAUAACACACACAGCGUUCGAGGGGAAAAUUCGUGCAGAAUAAUAUUGCUUGGUGCGUAAAAAUAGUUUGGUGAAUUUAGUUUGCAGUGAAUCGCCGUGACUCGAGAAUGCAGUCGGAUUUGGGGAGACGAGCGUGAGCGGAUCUUGGGCGAGCGUUUGAGGAAGAAUUGGAGGAGUUUUUUUUUUUUGCGAGAAAAUCUAGAAGGAAAGAAGCAACAAAGAUGGCAAAAUUGAUUGAAAGAAAGGGGCGAUGAAAGAGUUCGCCGAGAACAGCAUCAAAGUUCAAUGAAUUGUGUGUGUUUUUUUUCUGCUGGAUUGAAGUGUUGAGAAAGGGAAAUGUGUAUAUAUUUAACCGGAUGAACGAUUGAGAAAGGGAAAGAAGGAUUAAUCGUAGACGAGGAGAGUGAAGGUUUCGCGAAUAGAAUCAGUGUAGAGAGUAGAGCAGUUCAGUGGAAGAAGAAGCCGCUCCAAGUCGUGUCUACAAUUUGCCUUUAUUGGUGUAAUUUAGUGUUUCUUAUCUUGUUUUCGUUCCCUGAGUUGGAGAGGUUGUUUUUGUGUUCGUGGCUAGAGAUCAAGAUGAUCGUCGGGGGAGUGCACGGGCUGUGAUCACAAAGCGAGCGUUCCGAGUGUGUUUUGUGUUUGGUUUGGCCAAGGUCUACGGUGUCGUGUUUGUUCAAGUUGCGGCACAUCCAGCUGGCUGGCGUUCGUGCUCCGAUGGGAUAGCUGUCUAGUACCGCUAGACCCCAGAACUAGAGAACUACCGUCAGCAGCAGCAUCCAGCAGAACCAGCCGCCAUGGAUUGGAUCAUCAACGACGAGCUGGGCCUGACGGUGGGCCACGUCGUCGGGUACGUGUCCGCGGCCUUCAUGGUCGUCGGCGGAGUGCUCCCGUACGUGCCCCAGUACAAGCAGAUCAAGCAAACGCAGGAUCCGGAGGGUUUCUCGCUGCACGUCUGCCUGGCACUGCUCAUAGCCAACUCGCUGCGAAUACUGUUCUGGUUCUCGAGCCGGUUCGAGAUUCCGCUGCUGGUGCAGAGUGUCGUCAUGAACAUCACCAUGUUCAUAAUGAUCCACCUGUGCGUAACGGUGCGGCGCAACAACGCCAUCAUGCGGACGCGCGAACGCGUGUUCUCAGGAGAUGAAACCCUGCUGGAGGCCCGGGAGUCUAUUAAUAGAGUCAUUGAUGAACAGCAGCAGAACCAGCACCAAAACCAGCAGCUCCAACAUCAUGUCGUCGUCAAGACCGACGGUGUGGUUAGCAAUCGGGCCGGUGUUGGGGCUGGAGUCCCCGAAGCGGGCGUGGGCAAGCUGGCCAACAGUACGACCAUCGGAAUCGGCUCGACACUGCCCCAGACGGCGGCGGCGGCCGGUGGCCCGCCGGGCAGUCUGAAGAAGUCAAGGUCGAGGCACUACAUUAUCGAUUUCGAUACGCGCUACUUCUGGAGCUGGACCGACUUCCAGUCCUACCUGGACUUUAUGCUGGUGGUGUGGGUCGUCGGCGCGGCCGUCACCUACCUGAUGCUGUCCGUGACGUGGUUCAUGGAGACCAUCGGCUUCCUGGCCGUCUUCACCGAGGCCAUGCUGGGUGCGCCCCAGUUUCUGCGAAACCACAAAAACAAGUCCACCCACGGUAUGAGCAUCUGCAUGGUGAUCAUGUGGACCGCCGGUGAUAUGUUCAAGACUGGUUACUUUAUCUUAAGGCACGCCCCGACGCAGUUCUGGAUCUGCGGCACGCUGCAGGUCAGCUUAGAUCUAGCAAUCCUGCUGCAAGUGUACAUCUAUCGUAAGAAUCCGCCGCGCAGCAGCCACCGCGGCGACUAGCAGUUUGCCCCCCAAAAUAUUCAACCCAACAGCAACGGCAACACCAUCCCAAACACCAACGGCACCUGCCCCAACUCCACCAUCACCAAGA